AUGCUGCAGAUGUUGAUUGAAGCUGCUGAAUUCCUUGACCGCAGGGAAAGAGAAGCUGAACAUGGCUAUGCCUCAAUCCCACCCUUCAUCAGCAGUCAAGAGAGGGAGAGCUUGAAAAGGAAAAGCAAAAGCAAGAAAAACAUAAGUAGCAGGUCUACGCACAAUGAAAUGGAAAAAAACAGACGAGCACAUCUACGGCUGUGUUUAGAGAGAUUGAAAUCCCUCGUUCCAUUGGGACCAGACGCGAGCCGGCACACCACGCUGAGCCUGCUCAUGAAGGCCAAAGACCACAUCAAGAGACUGGAGGAGAGUGAUCGGCGAGCACAGCACACUUUAGAACAGCUCCAGCGAGAGCAGCGACACCUUAGGAGACGCCUGGAGCAGUUGGGGGUGGAACGCACCCGCAUGGACAGCACCGGCUCCACACCGGCCUCUGACAAGUCCGACUCCGACCAGGAGGAUCUGGAUGUGGACGUGGAGGGCACAGACUUCCUGCUGGGUGACCUGGAAUGGAGCACCUCUAGUGUGAGUGACUCAGGGGACGAGAGGGGCAGCCUCCGGAGCAGCUGCAGUGAUGAGGGCUACUCCAGCGCUAGUCUGCCCCAUCUGCAGAACGCUCCUGACAGGCUCAAGCCGCUCCUGCUCACCUCCUAAUCCCAAACCAAGCACCCAAACAGCACCCUCCAGGAUUGACCAAGCGUACAAGUUGUCACACUCAAACUUCCAUCCAGAUUUUAAGACACCUGCAAUGUUAAGUUUGUAAGGUGUUGCCCGCUCUGCUACAAACCAAUCAAAACGAGUGGGAUUUCAAAGACACUCCAUUGGUCAUUUCUCCGCCUCUCUCCCAUUUUGUCCGUCCUCUGAAAAUACAAUACACCUUUCAGCCAGAGAAUGUUACCACACAAUGUCCCACUGCCUCUUUUUGUACGCCUCAAGAGCCAUGGGAAGAUCCGCCAUGGUCUUAAACACGCACACACGCACUCUCACGAAAAACCAUCUCCGAGACAGUUUUCCCAAAGUUCAAUCACACAUCUGUGCAUGGGACUUUUGCACUUUUGUAAAACGUCAUCUUUUACUACACUGUCUCUUUAAAAAAAACUUGCCGCCCUAAAUGUUAUCAAACUUAAGGCGCCAUUUUGUGAGUCUCGUGUGGACAAUAAGCUAGACUGUUGACAGCAAUACGUCCCCUUAGUACAAAGCCUGGUGAGUCGGGCGCCCAACUAACUACCCUCCCUCUGUGUAAAUGUCCACACAUGCUAUUCAAAAGCAAAAAACAGAAAAAGUUUUAAAAAUAUUCGUGCAGCAUGAGAUUGUGAAGGGGCUAGGGGGGAUUUGGGGUAGAUUUUAUUUUAUUUCCUCUCUCUGAAGACUGUGGCGCUUAUCUGAAAACCAGUGUAUGUCCUUGCUCACCUCUUGAACUUCAGCGGCGACAAGGGUACAACAAAUGGUCGCCCCGGAAUACUUGUUUGUAUUUAUGGGCAGGUACUUCGCUGUCCUCUAAAUGAGCUAAUUUCUAGUUAACUGACAGAGAACAGCCAAUAGACACAUUCCACUAAAUCUUGGGUGCUACAAGUGCAACGGCAUGGUUCAAUUUAGUAUGGCUUAGUUUUCCUGCUAGUUCAAUUUAAAUUUGUGACAUUCAACCAACGAUGUAGCCAGUUUAUGUAGCUAAAAUUAGCACACAUGUCACAAACUCAGUAAGUCUAUUGGGUGGCAGUGAUAUAAAUGCCUAAAAUAUGAGAUUUCUGAAAGGAGGAGACCA